UCUGUCAUUUGUAAAAUUGUAAACAUUUAGAAUUUUUUAUAAAAAAAAAAAUUUUAUUCAUAAUAAUUAUAAACAAUAAAAUAAACAUAAUAAUAAAAAUGUCUGAAUAUGACAAUGUUCGGAUUGGAAAAUUAGUGUUGAAAGGAGAAAAGCAUAAAUCAAAAAAACGUAAACAUAAGGAUAAAAGCCAUGAUAAAGAAAAAAAAUCUAAAACAAAUGUUGAUGAAGAUGCUCUUCGUAAUGGUGGGUGGUGGAAAGUUACAACUACCACUGAAGUGAUUGGUUCUGUUGCCAUACAGUUCGGUGAAAGAACCUAUAUCAAAGCUUUAGAUAACGGGCUAUUUACAUUGGGUUCACCUCAUGAUAUAGGAGAAGGACCUGCACCUGAAGAAAUUUUAACAGCAUUUUCUAUAAAUGAAAAAAAAGUUUCAUUUAAAUCUGGAUAUGGAAAAUACUUAAAGGUUGAGAAAGAUGGAAUGGUUACAGGCAGAUCGGAAGCUGUUGGGAGUAUGGAACAGUGGGAACCAAUUUUUGAGGAUGGUAAAAUGGCAUUAUUGUCAGAAAUUGGAACCUUUAUGGCAAUUGAUCCAGAGGAUGAUGCAUGCGUUGCAUUGCAGAAAAAAGUUGGCCCAAACGAAAUAGCCGUUAUUAGAUCAUGCGCAGUUAGAGAAUUGAAGGAAAAAGAUGAUGAACCAGUUGAAGAAAAAGGGGAUCUACAACAAGUAGAAAAAAACUUUGUCAAAAAAUUUCAAAAAUUCCAAGAUAAAAAAAUGUUGAUAAACAAAGAAGAUGUUAAAGAAUUGGAAAGGGCUAAAGAAGAGGGAUAUUUACAUGAAAAACUCCUUGACCGUAGAAGUAAAAUGAAAGCUGACAGAUAUUGUAAAUAGUUACAUUCAUUCCGGAUAGAAAAGCCGAGUAAAUCUAAAAACAAUUAUUUUCAAAUUGUUCAGGUUCUCAUAAAUUGUCUAAACCAAGAUGUUUCGUGACUUUUAAAAUAAAAAUCCAAUUUAAGUUUUUCUGUUUUUUUUUU